CAUAUUCUGUGAAUAAUAUAACAUUACAUCUGUUCGAUUUCAAACGCUUAUUUAUACCAUACAGGUGACACAAAAUUUUAUGGUCGAAUUGAUGGACAAGCAACCAUCAAAUACAACACAACUCUUGGUUUUACUGAUAUGUAUAGAUUUUAUAGCAGAAAAACAGAAUUGAUUGAAGAAGAUCCCAAUGACAACUAUUAUAAAACAAUUAACACGGCAGAUUAUAGAAAAAAUGGUGGUGAACAAAAAGAAGAAACAACAAUGACAAAGAGAUAA